UUUUAUACUGCUUCCAUGGCUGAGGGGAAUCACUCAGCAGAAUCUGGAUUCAUCCUCCUGGGGCUCACAGAGGACCCAGAGCUCCAGGUCAUCCUCUUCGGUGUGUUCCUAGUGGUCUACUUAGUCAGUGUCCUGAGCAAUCUUGGGUUGAUCACGCUGAUCCAAGUCAGCCCACAGCUGCACACGCCCAUGUACUUCUUCCUCAGCCAUCUGGCUUUUAUUGACUUCUGUUUUACCUCCGCUGUCACCCCAAAUAUGCUGGUGAAUUUUUGCCGCAAUGUUAAAAGUAUACCAUUCCUUGCCUGUGCCGUCCAGGUGUGCUGCUUCAUCACAUUUGCAGUGUGUGAAAUGUACCUGCUCUCCGUCAUGGCCUACGACCGCUACGUGGCCAUCUGCAGCCCGCUACUGUAUGUCAUCCUCAUGCCUAGGAAACUGUGUGUUCAAAUGAUGGCCAGCACUUAUGUUUAUGGGUUCACGGUGGGUGUGGUACAGGCAGUGGCCACGUUCCGCUUAUCUUUUUGUAGCUCCAACGUGAUCAACCACUUCUACUGCGAUGACAUUCCCUUAAUGGCUCUGGCCUGUUCUGACACUCACGUCAAAGAGCUCAUGUUGCUAAUCAUUGCAGGGUUCAAUGCCAUUUGCUCUCUCGUGAUUGUGCUCAUUUCUUAUGCCUUCAUCCUCUUUGCCAUCCUGAGGAUUCAGUCCGCAGAAGGGAGACAGAAAGCGUUUUCUACCUGUGCGUCUCACCUGGCCUCCAUCUCAAUAUUUUAUGGGACAAUUAUUUUUAUGUACCUGCAGCCUAAGUCAAGCCAUUCUCUGAACACAGAUAAGUUUGCUUCUGUGUUUUAUGUGGUGGUGAUUCCCAUGUUAAACCCAUUGAUCUAUAGCUUGAGAAAUCAAGAGGUAAAUAAUGCCCUCAAGAAAAUUGGAGCAAAGUUGCGUGUGGAUAUGAAAUUAUGGAAGGGUAACUGA